AUGGACGAAUGCUGCUCCGGGAUCCAGGCCUCGCUCCCUCCUGCCAUGUUACUGCGGAAAUCCUCCCGCCUUCUCAACUCCCCAUGCAGCUCCAGUUCUUCCCUGGCGCAGCCGCAGGGCACGUGGACCAGCUCCAGCCCCUCUGUGGCGCAGGGGGAUGCGGAGAUGGGCUCCCUGCCAGCCUCCGGGGCGCCAGAUGUCCUGGACCUGAGCAGCAGUGAAGAUGGAGGUGGCUCCGACUCAGGCAGUGACUUUGAGGACACGCUCCGGAAGGGCGGCAAGCGGGGCACUAGGACCCCUCUUAGCUGCACCCUGACAGCCAAGCGACCCCGGAAAGAUGCCAGCAGGGAUGGGGAUAGCCUGGCUGAGAGAAACCCAGAGCCCAGCAACCUCUUUGAGGUAGUGAGGCUGGCGAAGAGUGCCAUGGAGGUAACCACACUCUCUUCAUCCCCCUGGUUCCACCCUCCCCAUGUCACUGCACUGGAGUAUCACUGGGACUCCUGGGAGGAUUUCAAGGCCCACCAGCAGCUUCUCAGGAGGGUAGCAUCAAACCUCCAGCUCCAGGCUGAGGAGAUGGAGGAACCAUCGGACACGUUGUUCAAUGUCCUUACCUCCUCGACGCCGGGGCGCAUGGCCCUCCCGCUCCAUCAGGGGGUUGGCCAAUAUUACUACUGGCCUCUGGCAGACCCCGGCAUCCCUGGGUCCUAUUUCCAAAAAGGCCGAGCGGAAUUCGAGCCCUCCCUCCACGAGAAGGACAGGAAGGAGUUCCGGCUCUGGUUGAUGAAGGUACGGCAGCAGCUAAAGCAGCGUCCAGGCGGCCUCCGAUGCGGCGGACACGGCCGCUCAUUCAGUGGCUGCGGCGGUCUUUAUGAGAAGGGCGUCCUGGCUUUUGCUCUCUGGACUAUCGGCUGA